AUGGCCAGCACGCGCGAGCGCCGCAUUGCAAAAGAAUUGGCCGACAUUCACAAUGACAAAGAUAACUCGGGCGUGCAGGCGAACCCCGUCAACCCCGCCGACCUGACACACCUCAAGGGCACCUUUCCAGGGCCGCCCGACACGCCGUAUGCGGGGGGCACUUUCCAGAUCGACAUUGUCAUUCCAGACAUGUACCCGUUCAAGUCGCCCAUCAUGAAGUUCGACACCAAAAUCUGGCACCCAAACGUCAGCAGUGUGACGGGAGCGAUCUGCCUCGACACGCUCGGGUCUGGGUGGUCCCCCGUGGGCACCAUCAAGAUGGCGCUCCUCUCGCUGCGCAUGCUCCUCGAGUCGCCGAACCCCAAGGACCCGCAAGACGCCGAGGUGGCUAAGAUGAUGAUGGAGCGGCCCGACGAGUUUGCCCAGACAGCCCACGACUGGGCCGUGAAGUACGCCGGCGCCCCGCGGAAGGAGAUGCCCACACAUAACUACCAAAAGACACCCGCCCCAGUGGCUAAGAAUGACCCGUCUAGGUACAAGGGGUACAACAAGGACCUGGUGGACCGGUUCGUCAACAUGGGCUUCGACGUCGACGCCGUGGUCGACGCGUUCAUUUUCGUGGGCAUCGACCGCAACGGGGGCGAGGACUACGAGCUCGAAGAAGCAUAUAUGGGUGACAUCACGGCUCGGCUCCUCGGCGAGCAGUAA